AUGCCGUCCGAUAUUCAUCUCUCCACACGAUCGACACGAGGUGGAUGCCUCGAUUCAUCACGCAUGUGGCUCGCCUUGUACUUCUUUCUGAAUUUGGCCCUCACCCUUUAUAACAAGGUGAUCAUGUCCAUUUUCCGCUUUCCUUUCCCCUGGACGUUAACGGCGAUACAUACCUUGUGUGGCGCUAUUGGUUCUUUUAUUUUUUGGAAAUGCGGGAUCUUCACUCCAGCCAAACUCGGCCAACGAGAGAAUAUUGUCAUGCUGCUAUUCUCGGUGUUAUAUACCAUUAAUAUUGCUAUCAGCAAUGUUUCACUGAAUCUAGUUUCCGUGCCUUUUCAUCAAGUAGUACGCGCCAUGACACCCGUGUUCACCAUUAUGUUGUCCGUCAUGUUUCUCAGCAAAACCUACUCGCCAAAAAUUUACAUAUCGUUGCUACCCGUCAUUGCAGGUGUGGGAUUUGCAACAUUUGGUGAUUACAACUAUACCGGUAUGGGUUUCUUCCUGACGGUGUUGGGAACGGUUUUGGCUGCAGUGAAAACGGUGGUGACAAACCGAGUCCAGGUCGGACGAUUGAAGCUCCACCCAUUGGAUUUGUUACUACGAAUGUCUCCACUUGCAUUUGUUCAAACAUUAGUGUAUUCCUACGCUACAGGCGAAAUGGAACAAGUCAACGUAUUUUUUGAUGAGAGCUUCAGUAUGUCCUUGUUUUGGGUGUUAUUGGUGAAUGGCAUCUUUGCAUUUUUCUUGAACGUCGUGAGCUUCACUGCCAACAAGAAGACAAGCGCAUUGACCAUGACAGUGGCUGGUAUGUUGGAAGGAUGA